AUGUCCGAAAAAGCGUCAGCCAAAGAUGACCAAGAACAAUAUCCAUCGCCACUCAAACUGGCCGUGAUCGUCACUGCUCUCUGUCUGGCAAUAUUCUGCAUGGCGCUGGAUAAUACCAUCAUCGCGACAGCCAUUCCUCACAUCACGGGUCAAUUCCAUGCGCUCGAUGACGUGGGUUGGUAUGGUAGCGCCUAUUUCCUUACCACUUGCUCGAUGCAGCUGGUCUUCGGAAAGCUCUACACCUUUUGCUCGAUCAAAUGGGUUUUCCUCUCAGCAUUGGCCAUUUUCGAAGUCGGAUCUCUGGUUUGCGGUGUAACUCCCAACUCAUUGGGACUCAUAAUUGGUCGGGCGGUGGCCGGGAUCGGGGCAGCUGGUCUCUUUUCCGGUGCCAUCCUCAUCAUUGCGACCUCGGUUCCAUUGGAGAAAAGACCUUUGUACACGGGGAUAGUUGGGGGUAUGUAUGGGAUUGCGAGUGUAGCAGGGCCUUUAAUGGGCGGAGCUUUCACAGAUCAUGUUUCGUGGCGUUGGUGCUUCUUUAUCAACCUCCCAAUCGGCGCUGUGACAUUUAUCUUCUUACUCUGUUUCUUGCAUUCGCCCCCCAAGGCACGGUCAAGUUUGUCCCUCUGGGAGCAGAUCCAACAGUUUGAUAUCAUUGGCACAAUCUUCUUCAUUCCUUCUAUCAUAUGCUUGCUCUUAGCAUUGCAAUGGGGUGGGUCUGCUUAUGAGUGGGGUGAUGGAAGAAUCAUUGCUUUGUUCGUCGUUUUCGGGGUUCUCAUGAUUGUCUUCGUCGGUGUGCAACUCUGGCGACAAGAGAAUGCCACACUUCCGCCCCGCAUCUUUGCAAACCGGAAUGUAUGGGGAAGCUCUUCCUUCACUUUCUGCCUUGGAGCAUCUUUUUUCGCCCUGGUGUAUUAUCUCCCUAUCUGGUUCCAAGCAAUCAAAGGUGCAUCAGCGGUGAAGUCAGGCAUCAUGAACCUCCCAAUGCUUCUGGCUCAGGUGAUCUUGUCUAUUGUGGCAGGGGCUUGUGUGACGCAAUUCGGCUAUUAUACCCCUUUCAUGGUCAUUUCAUCUGUGCUCAUGGCAGUCGGGGCAGGCCUUUUGUCAACCUUUCAGCCUGACACCGGCAGUGGGAAAUGGAUCGGCUAUCAAAUUAUCUUUGGUGCUGGAGUGGGUACGGGCAUGCAGCAAGCACUGAUCGCCGUUCAAAGGGCCCUUCCACCCGCCGAUGUGCCUAUUGCAACAGCUACAGUCAUGUUUUCGCAGACCCUUGGUGGGGCUGUUUUCGUUUCCGUGGCACAGAAUGUUUUUACGAACGCCCUUUUGCAGAGUCUCUCCGGUAUAGCAACUCUUGACCCACGGCAGGUCGUCAACAUUGGUGCUACAGCCUUAAACGAUCUUAUCCCGGCAGACGUGUUACCACAUGUCACUUCCGCCUACAAUGACGGUCUUGUGGCUGCCUUUUAUGUGUCGACUACUAUGGGAGUAUUGUCCUUGUUUGGGACAUUGUUUGUGCAGUGGAAAUCUGUGAAGAGUUGA